GUAUUUUUUCUCUCUUUAUUCAACGGCCCAUACAUGAACUUCUCUUCUCUUCUUUUCCGGUGUAAUGCAGAUAUAUUACGAGUCUUAUGUCCUAACAAAUGUCUUGACAAGUGAUCAUCGUUACAAGCAGAAAAGAAUCUGAUUAGAUUCCGUGGGAAUAGAACAAAUAAACGAUGAUAUAACGGAACUUGUGUAACCUUCAUAUUAAAUGAAAAAUUAACAAUAAAGGUAAAAAGUAAAAGACGUGACGAAUUUACAUGUCAAUUUACGAUCUAGAAAAGUUAUAACAUCGAGUACCUAUUAGACGAGACGUUCCACCGUUCGAUCGAGUAGCGCAUGCGACUUCGGCGACACAUACGGACAAAAUGCGUACUAGAUGUAACUGUAAUGAUAUAACUGUUCCCACUAUGUGAAUAUCAUAUAUCACAGAACAAGAAGGAGGAAUGAAAUUGGAGAUGCGCGGAAAAGAAAGAUCCUCCGGCGGGAUUUUCUAUCGGGAUCGAGCGCGCAACCGAGAUCGCGUUCGAUCGUCCUUUUCUUCUUCCUCUUCUUCUCGUGACAACGAGUCAAACCCGAGCAACGUGCGACUCUUCCUCCUUUUGCCCGACCUAGUUAUGCGAUAUCAAUAAGAUGCUGUAAUGAUACCUAAUGAUCCAAUUUUCUUCCGAACGGAAUCAUUAUUAUCGGAAAUUAUUUGAAAGAAAAAGAAGGAAAACAGAAGGAUACAUAGAAAUUAAUCUGACGCGAAUUCGCUGCAUCGAUGAUGAUACUUUUGAUUUAAUAAAGGCUCUUUAAUAAAGCCUAUUUUGCCUUAUUAUACAAGGAGAGAUCAUCCGACUAUAUUUCCAUUCUGAUCGAUCUCCAUUCUGUCUCCAUUAUUCCCUUAAAAUUCCCAUAGAUUCCCGCUUUCGACGACGAAAUUGUUAUAACGUACGAUCUCUCAAGAGAGAAUUUUUCAAGAGCGAGGAGGUAAAAAUUGCUUUAGAAAGGUAUCGCCAUGGAGACCACGCAUCGCCAUGUAACACCAUACUACUCUCAGUCCUCCUUUGAACCAUUUCCCCCGUAUGGCAUGUACGUAUGUAUAUACGUUUCUAAAACGUACUACACCACCUACUACGUGCGUGCAUUCGCGUGUAGGUGUGUACAACUCGGCAGAAUCAAAUGCUCUGAUGGCUAAAGACUCCACUCCGGUGGUAUAAAAGGGGUGUGUCUCGUGGUGACCGAAUCAGUUUCAGUUCAGCGCCGAACCGUUCAUUCUCGACAUGAAUGCCAUACUAUUCUUUACCUUCCUCACUCUGAUCCCACCAAUUUUCACCGAGGAAGUGCUCCAUGCUAAGAAACACGAGAAAAGGGGUAUCCUAGGUCUGGGCUAUGGUGGUUAUUACGGAGGAGGAAUUGGUGGACUCGGAGGAUUUGGCCAUGCCGGAUAUGUGGGAAAUUCAGCAGCGAGUUACUCUUUAGGCCACGGUUACGGUACUGCUCCUCUCGUCUCUCAUGGAUACAACAACGUACCGAUUCCGUUGUCUCAUGGAUAUAGCGCCCCGGCUUAUCCAACGUCGUAUCUCGAUCAUUCCGGUAUCGCCCUUGGGCAAGGCUUCGGUGGUCAUGGUUUCGGUUACCACGGACUAUAAGAGAGCUCAGCAUUAAUACUCUUAAUCAACGUUGUUUCACCUACGUUUAUACGACUUAGGUCUCUAACUUAUCUUCCCUAGACAAUAUUUAAUAAUUAUAAAUAAUUAUAUAAUACUUUUUCUACCAAUCAAUGUUUGCGUAUCUCAAAUAAAUGCGUUAUUUCUGUC